AUGGGUAGAAAAUAUUAUUGUGAUUAUUGUGAUAAACGAUUACCGCCUGGUUCAAAUCAUCGAAAAAAUCAUAAUCGAGGUAGUCAACAUAUUAAUAAUAAACUAUUUUAUUAUCUGCAAUUCCAAGAUCCUGUUGAGAUAUUAAUCAAUGAACGACUCAAAAAAAAUUGUAUUAAAUGGACACAAAGUAAUUCAUGCUUGUUUGGCAAUAAUUGUAAAUUUUCACAUCGAUCGAGUUAUGAACUUAUUCAAUUAAUUGAACAAGCAAAGCAAAAUUUGAAUAAUCAAAAUAAUUUUGAUGUUCAUCGAUGGAUACAAAGAAAAUUAUCAAAUGGAAGUAUUCUGCCUGAAUCUCUUGUUUCAUAA